AUGUUCACUCAAAAUUUGCAUCUUGCAUUAUUCGACAUCAAACUUAGAUCGCCACAUAAAAACUUGUAUUUAAUCAAAGGAAGCGAGUAUGACGUGGAGAAUCUAUUAUUUGAAGGCAGUGUCAAGUUAUCGUUGAAAGAAGAUAUCCAUAUUAAAAAGAUAAAGUUGAGUCUUGUUGGAGAGUUUUACUAUGAAUAUUCUUUAAAAGAAACCCACGAGCAGUUUUUGGACCGCUUGUGUGUGUUGAAAGUUGAUUGGAAUAAUUUACUCACUGACGACGAAGGAAAGAUAGGGUUUGGAAACUAUGGUGAUGGGACGUUGCCUAUGUACAAAAUGAAAAAGGGAAGCACCAGCGAUAAAAGCUCAGUUCCUGGGUCAGGCAGUAAUUCGGGAACAUCCACGCCUAGACCUCAGUAUGGAAGAACCAAAUCUACGCCUAUGUUAAACUCAUUUGCUCCGAAGGAUCUGUCUAAAAUUAUACAAAUUCCAAAAUCAGGAAUCGACGGAACACCUUUUAAAGAGUUGAAGGACGACCCAGGCCAUUCGUUUUUGUUACCCAAGGGAAAUUACAGCUUACCAUUUAAAGUAUACCUACCUGCCAAUGUUUGUGAGACUAUUGAAGGCUUGCCAAUAGGUACAUUGUUGUACAAGUUGCAGUGCUCCAUCGAGAGAGGAAGAUUUGAAAAAUCUCAUCAAAUAAGCAAACACAUAAGAAUAGUGCGAACAUUACAUCCACAGAAUAUGAAUUUGUGUGAUUCUAUUGAUGUUGAAAAUACUUGGGUAGGCAAGCUUCAGUAUUGCGUUAGUAUGCCCAAGAAAGCGGUGGCGAUUGGAUCCACUGUGCCUUUACAUAUCACAAUAAUUCCAAUAGCCAAAGGCUUAUCUUUGAAAGCUAUGAAUGCUUGUAUCGUGGAACAUUAUCACAUUCAAGUUGAUAAUCAAAGGUCUCCCGAGUACGAGAGAUUGUGUGGCAAACAGGAACUCAAGAUCCCCAACAGUGCCGAUUUGGAGUAUGAUCGGUGGGUGAUAAAGACACAUUUCCGAACUCCUGACCAUAUAAGGCAACUUUCCCAGAGUUGUGACGUGAAGAAUAGCAUGAUUGUUGUAAAACACAGACUAAGGGUCGCCAUCCAGUUAAAGAACAAAGCAGGACAUACGAGUGAGUUAAGAGCAAACUUGCCCAUAUUUGUUUAUUUGAGUGCCAAUGUCGGUCAUGUUGUUGGAAGGCAUUAUGAAGUUGACAAUCACCAUGGAACUUUCCAGUUGGAUUAUAAGAAGGAGGACGUGUUAUUCCACAAAAAGGACUCUGCACCAGCUACCCCAGCUGUUUCCGAUGACGAGAAUGAAGAAGAAUAUGAAACAGACGAAGAAAGUAACAAUGAUUUGGAUCGCGAAGAGCGUGCACCACCAUUAUAUGAAAAGCAUGUUUUUGAUAAGGUGUUUGAUAUGAACUUGCCUCAAACACCACUCGAGCAGCUAAGAUCACAAACUGGCUCCCCAAUUGCGUCUGCUAAUAACUCUUUUAGCAACAUUAAUGGGUACUUUGACAUGCCAAUACAAAAGGCGUUUGAACUCAACCAGAAAAAGAUAAAAGGCAAGGCCAAAAGUGUUGAUUAUUCACACAUCCCAUCGUAUAAUGAGGCAAUGGACGACGACGACGAUGACGAUAGUUAUAUUCAAGAUGGGUUUGCACCAAGCUAUUCUGAUGGUAGUGGGAGUGAAGACGCAAGAUCGAGGUCGGGUUCCUCGACUCCAAAUAGAGUUAUGUUUAAUAGCAGACACAACUUGAGUACUGGUCACUUAAAAGUGCCCUUGGGUAGCAGCUCGGCAUCGCAUUCGAGGUCAAGCUCUGGUAUUAGGUUGGAUAAAUUAGGAUCUGAUUUUGGAUCACCAAAGUUGACUAGUAAGUUGUUUAAAAAGAGAGAAAAGUAA